AGUCAAAAGACGAGCCAGCAGCGGCCUGUGUUCUUCCUUCUCCGUUCAGAUAUACAACAUCACAGAAAAAGCUGCAAAACGCAAAAGCGUAUAAAAAGCCCAGAGAUGUUUUGACUGGGUCUCCCUCCCCAAUCUGGUUCCCCCUCUUGAAUCACUAUCCAAUCUGCUCCCUCCACGUGGCGGAACCCCACUUCGUUUCCCCUCCCUCCUUGCAACGGCUAGUCCCCACCCCCAACCACCUUCUUCCCGCUUCUUUUCUCUGCUCUCUCUCUCCCCUCCGCAUCUAUAAAUUCACUCGCAUCUUCAUCUUCACCAUAAUCAAUUCCCGCGGUGACAUCGUCCACCUCCAUUCGAUAAAUUUUGAUUUUUUUUUUCUCCUCUUUUUUGCGUCAAGAAUCAAUCAGAACAACCAUCCCACCAUGACCAAGAUCGGCACCCUCCGUCGGUUCAUCCUCCCUUGUUUCGCCGCCCCUCCCUUGGCUGCCCCGCCAACCGCCGCCCCCACUGCCGCCAAGAAACGCAUAAGCACCUCGCUUCGAGACGACAUUUAUGACGACCCCAAAGUUCAAGAACCCCAUCUGGACCUUGAUCGGCUUCGGAAGGGAAGUGAGGAUGUCGAAGAUGAUGGAUCCGUGGGAAACGCCACCGGCUCAACAUCCCCAGUGUCUGUGGCGCCGCCACGCCCCUCCAAGACCAUGGUGAUCGGGACAAUCUUCGGCCCACGCCGCGGGCACGUGUGGUUCUGCGUGCAGCACGACCGCCUCUCCACGAAGCCCUCCCUCCUCCUCGAGCUCUCGAUCCCAACCCAGCAGCUUGUCAAGGAGAUGCAGUCGAGCGAGCUCGUUCGGAUUGCCCUCGAGUGCUCGGCCAAGUCGGACCCUGCGCUCGGUUCUUGCCCUCUGCGGUCCGUGCCCAUGUGGACCCUCUCCUGCAACGGGCGGAAGCUCGGCUUCGCCACGAAGAGGAAGGCGAGCGAACAGAACCGGUUGAUGCUCAAGACAAUGCAGUCGAUGACAGUCGGCGCUGGAGUCAUACCAUCUGGGAUGGGCUCGGCAAGCUCCGAGGAGAUCACGUACAUGCGGGCGAAUUAUGAGCACGUCGUCGGCAGUGCCAACUCAGAGUCCUUCCAUCUGAUUAACCCAGACGACUGCCCGGGUCAAGAACUCAGCCUCUUCUUGCUCAGGACUCGAUAAUUAUACGAAUAUUCGGAGUAUUCCGUAAGGCGAGGAUCAAGUCAAUAUCUUUUAAAAUCCCGAUUUUUUUAUGGAGCGCGAAGUCGAGAAUCUUCGUGCGAGUUGGCUUAGCCUAGUUCACUGAUUUAGAUAGAGAAGUUCAACCCAGAUUUGAUUUGCUUUUAGAAUUGAUACUCAAGAAGUUUUGGGUAUUCAAGAAGGCGGGUCACUGUGAGGGAUACGUAACUUUAUGUGGAUGUUUGUUGACUGGCAUACAUGGUGGCCUAGAAGAAGAAAGCUUAUUCAAGUGCAAAGAGAAAGUUAAUUUUUCUUUUUUUUUUUAGUCUUGUGGUGAUUUCUGUAGUUUUUUUCUAGAUUGAUGCUGAGAUUCUUCUCUGGAAUCUUGUAAAUUUUGUUGACAGUGAAAUGAAAUACCAGAAAUCUUCCUCAUUUUAACCCCAAAAGACUCUAAAUUAGUUAUAACCUUUUAUCCGGAUCGGUUUGCUCGUCGUAGCCGGGAAGAAUUGCAUUCAUUUGCGUUCUUGAUGAGCAGAUUUAGCAUAUCGUUAGCAAAAAUACGAGAACUGCGGUCAUUUCAAUUUUGUUCUGUUGCCCCUUCCAGAAGAUAAAGAAUGGUGGCUGAAACAAACUGGUAGAUUCUAAUUUUGGUACACGGUAUGAUCUCUAAUCACGUAUUCUUGCUAAUCAGGUUUUAUCGGCGAAAUUUAAAUCUGGGUUUGCUUGUGGAAAGCCAAAGAUAUCAACUUGAACUACUGGUCAUCCCCACUUUAAGCAUCACUUCAGUGGCUCUCGUAGCAGCAGCAUCACUAGCCCUCAAAAUUAAGGCUAAGUGGAAUCGAAUCCCGAGUACUUUCCAGCAUUUUGGUAUUUUAAAUCCCGAAAUCGAGCUCAGCGAUUCCAUCCUGCUUAGAGGUAGUUCCUCCCUAACAUUGGGUAGGGAAGUUGAUUCUUUCUGCAGAUUCGUUGCACUGAAAAAAGGAAAAACAAACAUUGAAAGAGCCAAA